AUGAUUGAGAGGAAAGACAAGCCUAACGAGGCAGUUUAUGAUGUUAUUAUUCAUGGUCAUUGUAAGGGUGGAAAUGUUAUCAAGGCAUACAAUCUGUACAAGGAAAUGUUGCAUUCUGGUUUUGUUCUGCAUACUGUGGCUGUCAUAGGGAACACACUGAGAAACUUUCAGCUUUCUGAUGCUGAACGUGCGAAACUGCUCGUUGACAUCAACCAUAAAGAAGGAAUAUGGAUGAAGUUUUUAAUGUGCUUAGUGAUAUGGCCAAGGACGGCCUCCUUCCAAAUAGUGGAGUAA